AUGGGCCCGCCCACGCCCAUCUCCAUCCCAGUCUUUGCCGAAACCCAGCUCCAACUUCUCCUGCUCGAACACGCCGCCGAGGUUUCUUCCUCUUCGCUUGCCUCGACCGCCGCAUCAGUAUCCCCAGCUACACGGCGCACCCUCCAGGCGACAGGUUAUGCCUUGACGGGUCUGGUUCUAUCGCAAUGUCGGACCGGUCUUGGCGGUCGUGUGGUGGGCGAGUUUGCGCCGGAUCCCGCGAUCACUUCAGGCGGAGGCAAAUCGUCAGAUGCAGGCAAUUCCAGAUCCACAGAUGGGCAGCCUCGACUUGGGUCACAUGGGAUUCGGGUCGGCGACGUCGUACGCGUGAAUGAUGUCUCGGCGGGAUCGGCAAAGAAAAUGGGCAAGGAUAAAGAGAAAGGGAAAGAUGGCGGGAAGGACGGCGCGAAGGGAGGCCCGGAAGGGGUCGUGACGCGUGUAAGCGACAAGGCGAUCUGGAUUGCCUUUGGCCAGACUGGCGGCGGAGGCCGUUCGAAGGAGGACGAUGAGGCUGUCGAGGAAUUAUGGGGAAAGAAGCUUUGGGCAAUCAAACUUGCCAAUGAUGUUACAUAUCGACGCAUGAGGCAAACUAUGGAGAAAAUGGCCAAAAUGACUGAGUCGGACCAUUCUCAUUUCAUGCGUGUGGCUUUUGGCCACACAACCCCAUUACAACCUGACUAUGAUGUCUCGGGGCCGGUUGAAUUCAUUGAUCCUACCUUGAAUGAUUCGCAGAAGGAUGCUAUCCGGUUUGCAUUGGCUUCCCAGGAUAUCGCAUUGAUACAUGGGCCACCGGGGACCGGUAAAACACAUACGCUAAUCGAAUUGAUCAUGCAGAUGGUUCAGAGAAAGAAACGUAUUCUCGUUUGCGGACCAUCGAAUGUCUCCGUCGACAAUAUUGUGGAGCGACUUGCUCCAAACAAGGUCCCCGUGGUACGGGUCGGACAUCCAGCACGACUCUUGCCGUCUGUUCUCGAGCAUUCUCUCGAGGUGCUCACGCAGACCUCUGAUGCCGCAAGUAUCGUCAAAGAUGUUCGCAAGGAGAUGGAUGAGAAGCAGGCUAGCAUUCGGAAGACCCGCACUGGCCGUGAACGACGGGCUAUCUAUGAUGACCUUAAGCACCUGCGCAAAGAAUUCCGAGAGCGCGAAUCCAAGUGUGUCGAUAACUUGGUGCGCGAGAGUAGUGUUGUCCUGGCCACCCUCCACGGAGCCGGAGGCUACCAGCUCAAGAACCAGAAGUUCGACGUUGUUAUUAUAGAUGAAGCGAGCCAAGCACUAGAGGCACAAUGCUGGAUCUCCCUCCUCUCUGCGGAAAAGGUCGUUUUGGCUGGCGAUCAUUUGCAAUUACCCCCGACCGUCAAAUCAGCCGAUUUGAAAUCUAGGGACAAGAAGAAUCUCCAGGAGAUCGCGGGUACGAAGGACGCCCCCACGAAGGACAUUUUAAAAGGCGUUUCACUGGAAAGAACACUCUUCGACCGCCUGUUGGCAUUACAUGGUCCAGGGAUCAAAAGGAUGCUGACUACGCAAUAUCGCAUGCACGACAAGAUCAUGCGAUUUCCUUCGGACGAGCUCUACGAGGCUAAGUUGAUAGCUGCAGACUCAGUCAAGGACCGGUUACUGGCCGACCUUCCCUACGAAGUCUCCGGCACAGAUGAUACCCAAGAGCCUCUUGUGUUCUGGGAUACUCAAGGUGGCGACUUUCCCGAAAAGGCUGAAGGCGAUGAAAUCGGGCAAAAAGAGGCUCUCCUGGGUGAAAGCAAAAGCAAUGAAAUGGAGGCGUUGGUCGUGGCCCGGCAUGUGGACAAUCUCGUCAAUGCCGGCGUGCGCCCCGAAAGCAUUGCCGUCAUCACUCCUUACAACGGCCAACUCGCCCUGCUGUCACAGAUGCUCCGCGAGAGGUACCCUGGGCUAGAGCUGGGUAGUGUGGAUGGAUUCCAGGGCCGGGAGAAAGAAGCGGUGGUUGUAAGUCUGGUCCGUAGUAAUGAGGAGCAUGAAGUGGGCUUUCUGGGAGAGAAGCGCCGGCUCAAUGUAGCCAUGACCCGCCCCAAGCGGCAUCUAUGCAUCUGUGGAGACUCAGAAACCAUCAGUGGGGGUAGUAGCUUCUUGAAACACUGGAUGGAGUACUUGGAGGAGCAUGCCGAUCUACGAUACCCCGAUGCCGGCGACUUGCUUUGA